GCAUCAGUUAGCUUGCCUCGUGCGCUGGUGGAGCAUCACAACAUCAACUCAGCCGCUGCGAAGUCGGGAAGCGUUGCUCUUACUUCGAUGAAGGCGAUGUCCACCAUGGUGUAUCCGCGCGAUGAAGCCCUGGAGCGCCUGACCCAGGAUGAGAUCGUCCUCAACACUAAGGCCGUCAUGCAGGGCCUGGAGACGCUGCGUGGCGAACACACCCAGCUCCUCCACUCGCUCCUGGACUGUACCCAGCCUCCCAUCGCCCAGGAGAAGUCCGGCCUCCUCAGGAAGAAUCUGGAAGACAUCGAGCUGGGCCUGGGAGAGGCGCAGGUUAUCAUUGCUCUGUCCAACCAUCUCAGCGCCGUGGAGUCAGAGAAGCAGAAGCUGCGCGCCCAGGUGCGUCGGCUCUGCCAGGAGAACCAGUGGCUGCGGGACGAGCUGGCGGAAACGCAGCACAAGCUGCAGCGCAGCGAGCAGUGCGUCGCUCAGCUGGAGGAGGAGAAGAAGCACCUGGAGUUCAUGAAUCAGAUCAAGAAGAUUGACGACGACGUUUCUCUGUCGGAGGAGAAGGGCCAGAGCUCCGGAGGGAGUGGAGGGAAAGGAGCAGCAGCAGGAGGAGGAGGAGGAGACUCUUCAAAGGACAGCCUGGAUGACCUGUUCCCCAACGAUGACGACCAAGGAACAGGUGACAUUGAUCUGGAUCGUCUUUUACGAGAUAAACCGUCUCAUCUGACCGUCUGUAUGUUACAGUGA